AUGGUUUGGAAUUGUCGUGGGGCUGCGAGUAAUGGUUUUGUCUGUGUCUGCAAGCAGUAUGUUACAACUUGGAAUCCUGCUAUGCUCGUGAUAAUGGAAACAAGAUGUCACCCUGAUAGGGUGAAGAAAUAUUUCAUUCAGUUAAGGUAUCAUGGGUUUCUUGCCUCGAACAAUGAAGGUUUUGCGGGAGGAAUUUGUGUGGGGUGGAAGAAGGAUUGUAUGCAAGUACAUGUUGAGAUCACAAAUUUCCAGUUUCUACACCUCCAAGUGCAAUAUGAUAAGAGUUUAAAUUGGUGUUUCACAUCAAUUUAUGCUAGCCCUAAUGAGGAGAGUAUGCGUAGAAUGUGGAAUGAGCUGGGGAAUAUUGCGCGACAAAUGGCAGGUGCGUGGAUGUUAGUUGGUGAUUUCAACGAUAUUAUGAGCGUAAAUGAAAAGAGAGGGGGCUGCCAGCUAAUACUCGCAGAUAGAAUCCUUGAGAGGUUGGAUAAAGGCCUAUGUAAUGAAAGAUGGCGGAUUGAUUUGCCUCAUGGGUAUGUUAAAGUUCUACCUAGACUAGAUUUCUCAGACCACCAUCCUUUGCUUAUUUUCUCUACGGAUGGUUCUCACGCGAGAGCUGCAAAACAUUUCAGGUUCGAGAGUGCAUGGCUAUUGGAUGACAGUUACAAUGAAAUGCUCAUAACCAAUUGGGAUAAUGAUCAAGAGAUUUGGCAAAAUAUGAGACAUGUUGAAAAAAGUAUUAAUGAUUGGAAAUUUACAAAUUUUGAUCAAGUUAGAUUGUUUAAGAAGGAAUUGGUUGCGAGAAUAGGAGGUAUUCAAAGGAGGUUGCAGAUGGGAAUGAGAUCAUGUGGUUUGGCUAAGUUGGAGGUUAGGUUGCAGAAUGAGUUGCAUGAUAUUUUGAAAAAAGAAGAAUUGAUGUGGAUUCAAAGGUCUAGGGCUAGAUGGAUUAGAGAUGGAGAUCGGAACACAAAGUAUUAUCAUACAAAGGCGGUGACUCAGAGAAGGAAAAAUAAUAUUUUGAUGAUUCGUGGGGCUGAUGGUCAGUGGCUUGAGGAUGCGGAUCAAAUUCGUAUUAUGGUUAAUAAUUUCUACAAAGACCUUUUUACUUUGAAUCAGUUUAGUAGCAGUUGGCAAGUAACUAAAAUUACUUUUCCAAGAUUGAGUAAGGAUUUGCUGGAGAUAUUGAAUGCUUCAAUUGUUAAUAAGGAAGUUAAACGUGCUAUUUUUAAUAUGAACCCGUGA